UAUCCUGGCAGGGAAGAUAAACCCUGGAUUAGUGGUGGCCGCCUGCUUCUCGCUCUCUUCGUCCAUCUCUCUCGAUCUUUCUUGCCUCUUCCAUCCGGACCUCUUUCCUGUUUUUGGGAGGGCUAAGAUGUCGCAUUGGAGCGUGAAGGAUGGCAACCUUAUUCUUGCUGAUAUUGAUUAGCUUGGCAUGACAUAGAAAGGAAGAGAGUGGAAAUUGGAGAAUGAAUAGUUGAGAAGAAAAGGGCAUGGCAUACCUCAUAGCACAAAAUGCACAGCAUUCAAACAGAAGGCCUACUGUUGUCUGCUGCCUUCCAGCAAGUUUACAGGAUUUUUGAAUUCAAACGGCUGCUUUGCUCUUAGUAAAGAGAAGGCCAACCAAUCCAGUAGGUGAAAGGAAUAGGAAAACUCAUGUAGUUCUCUUUCAGUAGUUUUAUGGCCACCUUCAGAACUCAAUUACAUCUUCAACAGUUUUUUUAGAUCCAUGAUUUUUGUUUUCAGAAAGGUCUUAGAUCCAUAUCUUAGAUACAUAUGCUUUUGGUUUGAAAUAUGUACUCGUUCAAUUUGCUUUACUAUACACAAUUUUUUGUUAACUUCGAGUUGUAUCAAACUAUCAACUAUUAUUGAGCACUAUUUAUGGACUAUCGAUUUUUGUGGAAGGAUCAAUUGCCAUUUACCAUCAUUUGGAUAUGAAUGAUACCGACCAAGCGUAGUUUCUAUGAAUUAGGUCCAAAUGUUGCUUAUGAAGUUUCUGUUUAAAAAUUGAAUCCUUACCUAAGAAAGUCGAUAAAAGUCAUUGAGAGCUGUGUAACAUUGAUGGACACCGGUAGGAGGGUUACCAACAUUUAAGACAAGCAUGUUAAUUAUUUGUUUGAUUUAAUUUGAGAAAGUGAAUUCUGGUUACAUAAGAAAUUGCAACUUCGGCAAAAAAAGAUGGUUGGGGCUGGGUCUGAGUCGGAUUCGAAUUUUUUGGGUUGGGAUCGGAUUAUACAUGAUUAUAUAUGAAUCUGGUUCGAUCCGAAUGAUCUGUUGGGUCAAAUAUUGUAGUCAUAGAUUUAAUUCAAUUCGACUCGUUUUUUUAUUGGAUUGGAUCUAGAUUCGAUAUGGAACUAAAUUGAGUUGGGGUUGGGGGGUGGGGGGGUGUUAACUCAUGACUCGGUCCAACCCAUUUGCCCCGUGAUGUUGGACGUGUUGCCUCUCGGGCUGAAGGGCGGAGAGUGAGUUAGACGUAGAAAAGUGCUGUGCCAUGUGGGAGGACACGUCCGUAAUUCCAGGUGUAGAAAGACUCGAGAUGCACCACGCCACGUUGAAUGGUCACCCAUUGGACGACGUGGCCACAUGCUUGAGUUUGCUGUCGUCGUCGUUGCUUCAUUUUGAAACUUUCUUCGUUCCGCUAUAGUCACCUUCCAGGUGACGUAACCACCAGAUGGCCAGCCGUUGACCGGGGCACUGGCCACACGUUCGCGGUAACCCCACCUCUAGGUAACCGUCUCUGUCCGAGCUGGCUACCGGUAGAAGAUCCUGUCACCGUAUUUACUAUUUAUUAUAUAGAUAUAGAAUAGAAAAUAGUACCCAAAGCAUUCCUUGGAGACCCAGAAAGGUACCUGGCGAAAUAGAACCCGCCACCAAUACCUUUUCCAUGGAUCGGGGCCCGCAUGACUGAGGCGAGUGGACUUGUUGGUUCACUCGUUUUGGGUCUACCUGUCAUUUCUGGAAAGAUAUUUUCCCGCAUCGGCUGCCAGCUGUAUCAGUUCCACCUGACCGCCUGGGGUACUAAGUUUCUUGUUUAAAAAAAUAUCAAUUUCUUUACAGAGGGGAAAGGAGAGGAGAGGUACUGGGAGUCGGGACCCUAACCCCAAAUGCACGAGUCAUGCGCCCCAAAUUCACGCGAAAUCCAAACCAAAUGAAAUUCCACCGGGGCGAGAUUGGAAGCGGUCUACACUAGGAUGCGCGCCACAUGUACCUCAGCCCGAUAUCCUCGCCGUCCGUGACAGAUGGGACGGUCACCGUCCCGGGCAGGGGAGAAACUGCCUCGCCCGUCCGAUCCCCAUAUAUGCUCGAACCGACGGUGCCGAUCAGGCCGGGGACGUGCUCGGGCAGAUCUCGCUGUCUUUAAGAGGCGUUGCCCCCCGGCCUUUCCUCCUCGUCCAGCCGAGGGUUUCGUCCUCCCAAGAAACCCUCGCCCUUCCUCACCUCACCAUCCUCUCUCUCUCUCUCUCUCUUUCUCUCUCCCUCCCUCCCCCCCCCCCCCCCCCCCCCGCCUGGGCUGUUCACGAGGCUCUGCUCCCUGGAUUCCGGCCCUUCCUUCGUGGAACAAUUGUCCUCUUCCAUGGUCCCCGACCCCCCGGCGGCACCCGAUCCGAACGAGCCCGUCGGAUCCCGGACGAUUUGAGGGGAAUCGCCGCCGUGCAUGGCGUCUGCUCUCCUGGCCAGCCGAAAUGAGCCGUACUGGGGAGACAGAAAGGUUUAUAUGAGGAAAACCCCGAAUUCUAACCCUAACUCAAGAGCUGUGACGAACCCUAAUCCUAAUCCUAACGCCAGAGACCAUGUUUCCGACCAUACGGGCCAGUUCCACCCACUGGAGCCGGAGGAGGUGCCGGCGUCCGUGGCCGCGGUGUCGGACGACUCGUCGUCCUUUAACCGGAAAUGCAUCAACCUCAACCACCGGCGUGAUUCGGCCAGCUACAUCACGUUCAACAUCUCGAACUACUCGAAGACGGAGCUGAGGGAGCUCAAGAGGCGCCUGGCUUCGGAGCUGGAGCAGGUCCGGAGCCUGAGCAGCCGGAUCGAAUCCAGAGAGUUCCAGUCUUCCGCCAGAUCCGCUGGCUUCAGUUCAUCGGGGAUCUACUGCGGUGGCCGGGAGGUCACCUCCUUGGCCGCGGCAGCCUUGCAUCAGAACCACGUCCAGCCUCCUGAUUCACAGGCAGCCAGAUCUUCCGAUCUCUUCUCGACCAAGGAGAAGAAGAUCUCCGGAAACAAGACCUUGCUGCCGGUGGUCUCUCCCAGGGAGGCAAAGCGGCUGGCGGCAGCGCCAGGUUCAGAGAAGCUCCGCUCUGCCAUGAUGAAGAAGUGUGGCCAGAUCUUGACGAAGCUGAUGAAGCACAAGAAGGGCAUCUGGUUCAAUUCCCCUGUGGAUGUGGUGGGCAUGGGCCUCCAUGACUACUUCCAGAUCAUCAAGCACCCCAUGGACCUUGGUACUGUGAAAUCUAAGCUCAACAAAGGUCUCUACCCGUCGCCAUUGGAGUUUGCUGCUGACAUCAGAUUGACCUUUAACAAUGCCCUUCUCUACAAUCCAGAAGGCCAUGAAGUGCAUAAGCUCGCUGAUCAGUUCCUCCGGCUCUUUGAGGGGCUGUUUCGCCCUUCGUACGAGAAGUAUGAGAAGCAGCAGAGCACCAUUGCCAGGGAGGAAGAGGAGGGCCAUAGGGUCGUUUCCUGGUCUCGUCCUCCUGUUGUCGAGAGUGCAAUGAGACCUGAGCCGGUCGUUCCUAUGAUACUGCCACCAGCUCUGAAUCCAACUCCAAUGCCAACUCCAUCUGCACUGCCUCCUGUUCAAGCUAAGCAGCCGCAGCUGCUGCCCCAGCCCCAGCAGCAUCCGGUCGUUGGUAGAAUGAUGAUGGGGAAGCAACCAAAGCCAAAGGCGACAUACCCAAAGAAGCGACCAAUGAGCUUGGAGGAGAAGACGAAGCUGAGCCUGGGGCUCCAGAGCCUGCCCCAGGAGAAGAUGUCCCAGGUGCUGCAAAUCGUGAGGAAGAGGAAUGCGGAUCCUGCACAGCAGGGGGAUGAGAUAGAGUUGGACAUUGAGACAAUGGACAUGGUGACCCUUUGGGAACUCGAUCGGUUCCUGUACAAUUGCAAGAAGAUGAUGAGCAAGAUCAAGCGGCAGGACAUGGCCAGCCACCUGAUCUCUGCUGGUCCACCUGCGACCAUGGUUAACACCGAAGGCGGUGACAGGUCUCCAGUGGCAGUAGAGACACCAGAGGCAGAAGCGGCGAAGAAGAGCAAGAAGGCGGACACAGUUGAGGAGGAUGUUGAUAUUGGUGAUGAGAUGCCGUGCACCAAUUAUCCCUCUGUGGAGAUUGAGAAGGAUGCUGGUUGUGCCAGCAGCUCCAGCAGCUCCAGCAGCGGCUCUUCAUCGUCAAGUGAUUCAGAUUCGGGUAGCUCAUCAGAGUGCGAUUCCGAUCGAGAUGAUGCACAGUCUCCUGCUGUAGGCUUGAGAUCUCCGAGAAACUAACAACAAGUUUAGUUGAUAGUAGACGAGAAGCAUGUGAGAGGGCAUGGGUAGGGGUACAGAAAUUUGAGGGCUUGUGGGUUUUUUCCCCUCUCGUCAGGUGUGAUUUAGGUAGGAGUGGAUAGAUAGGUGGGUAAUUUGAUGGCACAGGUGUACCAUAUGUAAAAGGAGAAGAAAGUGGAGAAGGUUGAGUAGGUGAAGCCUUCAGAAUGGCUUCUACUUGAAUUCCCUCUUGUUUAUUUUGAGCUUUUAGUUUAGGGCUUAUAGUUUUGGUUUCAUUGGUUAUGGGUGUUUUCAGGUUUAGGUAAUUUUUGUGUUAUCGGGUCUUCUCCUGCUGAUAUAUGUAAUGCUGCAACAUUAUGACCUAGUCCGGGUCUAGGCAUGGUGGAUAUGGAUGUUUGUUAUGAUUGAGUAACAGAUAUCCUUUUAGCGGCAUAUCUUUCUCUCAUUAACUUCAGAUUAAAUCUAGUGGGUUUUAUUUUAUGUACUUCAGAUGGAUCUCAUUGAAUUUCUGCCUCUUUAGGCCAGCUGACUUGCCUUUUGGUAGUUUCCAUGGGCAACCGGCAUUAUAUAUCUUUCAGUGGCCUGAUGGGUUGUCUGUUUUAUGAUAAAUCAUGCACAAAUAUUUGAUUGUCCAUUUAGGUGUUUUGGGUGGUAAAAGAUUUUAGUAUUCUGGUAUCUUCUUUUGGCUUUUAUUUUGUUUGUCAUCCUCCUCUAGGUAUAAGCUAUCUGUUUGGGUUACAUUUUUUAUCCAACAGACUUGCAACAUCUGCUCUGUAUAAAUUAUGGUCAAUCUGCUUGAUAUGAUUACUGCAGCACAUCGUGCCUGAUCUGUUUCGGUGCGUAGGUUGGCUUUUAUCAUUGUUGUUGUUGGAUUGUUAUGUUGCCCUUGAUCAAGGCUCGGUUGUAUGGUCUGAUUGUUGCUGAUAUUCUGAGAUUUGAUGUUGCAGGAUCUCUCUUCUUUCUUCUUUUUUUUUCCGGUGGUGUGUUGUUGAUAAGAAGUUCAUAUUCUUUAAUUUUUCUAGUUUCUGUUAUGCAGCUUGUAAUGGUGGAGCUGGAAAUAUUUUUGAAGUGCUCAAGUAUUUUUCA